AUGUUACAGUCCGUAUUCCUGCGUCCAGUAGACCGUUCGUAUAUGGACCGUAUCGUUCGACCUGGGCGGCUACAACUUUAUCGACAGGCACAACAAGAUGCACAAAAGAAAUCAUCGCAAAACAUUAUUGAAAAGGUCUCAAUUUGUCCUGGUUCUUACACUCCUUCGACGCAUUUUAUUGAUUCAGAUCUAAAUAAUGCUAAUGAUAAUGUUAUUUAUGCAACAAUUUUAUGUACAGAUGAAGACAAACAAACAAAAUCGCCAUCAGAUAUUAAAUCAUCAACAAAAUUACGUCAUAUACGGCAGCGUCUGGCAUCAAAACAAGAAGUGUCCGUUAUCGACUAUAAUUCAAACAAUAAUAACUUAUCCAUGGAACCACUACCGAUCAAAGAUAUGCAUUUGGAUAAAAAUGACAAAGAUGAAACAACACAGCAGUUUCUUGUCGAUGAUGGUGUAUCUAUGGGAUCAUGGAUUAAGAAGCUUUCACUGACCGAAGAUGGAGAAAACCGGCAACAUGAUCAGUCUACUAUAUAUUCAUUGCAACGAUCAACAAGCGAGCCAAAGCUUUCCUCAUUUGCACUAAGGGCUCUCAAUAAGUCAAUGCGUGAUGGAUUAGUUACUAUAGAAAAUCGAAAACGUUUACAAGCAACAAGACAAUUGUUUAUGGAGCUCGAACGUCGACAAGCAAAAGAAUCUACUCAAAUAAAAAAAGAACAAAAAACUAUGAAUCGGUUGAAAGAAUUAAAAGAAAAUGAACGUUUACAUCAAGAACAACUGCUUGCUCAAGAAAUUAAAGGUAAUAGUGAAGAAACGAAAUAUAUUGAAAAUACAACUGUUAUUGAUGUUAAUAGUACUGAUCCAGUAGUAUUACAAAAGAUUAGUAAACAACGGUCACGAGAGCAGAAAAGAAAGGAACUUGAACGAUACAUACUCGCACUGAAAACAUCGUUAAAAAAUCGUUGUCUGAAUUUGGAUAUUGAUGUUCCGUGUAUGUGCAGUUGUUUUGAAUCAAUAUGGGAAGCAGAUCCGUUUAAGUGCGCUAAUAACUGUGCAUUUUAUCGAAAUCCAGCUGCUUUUGCUACAUCAUUGCACAGUCUAUUAAAUUCAUGUCAAGCAAAAUGA